CUUUCAAUGUUCUUGUUUUAAAAUAUAAAAAAAAUGCAAAGGUCUGGCCCAGUCAAUGCAGGCCACUAUUCGGCCCGCCACAAAAUGAAAGAGUUCAAAGCACGCUUCCCGCCAUCGCUCUCAGUUUUUGCCGCGCCCUGCCCUUUUUUGUCUCUCCUCAAAGUGAAAGACCCCGAUUCAGAUCUGAGAGAGAGAGAGAGAGAGAGAUGUUUGGGAAGAUAAGAGCGUCUUCUUGUCCGGCGGAAAGCUUGGAGAGACCGCCUUCCAAGAUUUUCAAAGACGAUUCUCUCUCUAUCUACGAGGCUACACUCAUGAAGCUCAAAUUAGGUUCUAAACGCAAUUUAGGUCCAUGCUCUGAUGAGGUAGGGGAGACAGAUACUACCGGUUCUACUUCACGCUCUCCCGAUUCUGAGCCAAUGAAGAUAGAGGCAAAUUGUGCUUCUUCCGCUGGCACUUCACCGGGUUGUAUUGAAGCCGCCAACUAUCCACAGGAGGAGUUUAUGACACUAGACACGGAUUGUUCCUCACCAAGAAGUUCGAUGAGUUUCAGUGAUUGUCAUUCUGCAGGAACCUCGAAACAGCAACAAGGCACCAACAUUUCAGUUCUCUACCUCUUUUCGAAAUUUAAGAGAGCUCAAGAGGCUAGCUGCUCGUUCUCUGGGGAUGCGAUGAUGACAGAGAAUGCAGGUAUUUCUCCGAGUUCUGGCGGAUGCCAAUCUUUUAACAGCACAGAACAAUCAGAACAGGAAUGCGUGAACUCUUUACCUGCUAGUCAAAUAUGUAUGCUCUGAGUUGGUUUUUACGAUAUGGACACGUCUAGAUGGAUUUCAUGUCUUGCUUCAUUUUGCACCGGCGAUCUGUUGUGGUCUUUAUCUAUAUUGUUUGUUGAAGAAUGGAGAGUAUGAUCCUGGAAGCCGAUUUAUUGUUGUAACUUCAUAUACCCAAUUGAGGGAUGAAUAAUGUUUAUGUAUGCGGAAUCAUAUUGUAGUUCAUCAUCUAGUUUGAAAGAAUGUUAAGGUACAACACCGCCCAAGGAAUACGAAAAAAUUCUUCAA